CCUCUCCCUUAGGAGAAAUUUAUAUUUUUUUGCAGACUUCAAAGAUUUAUAAUAUUUUUUUUUCUUUUUUGCAGAAUUUGAAGAUUUAAUUAUACUGAAGUAGUUUUAAUUUUGACUUAACAGAAGUAUUACUGUGGAGAUAGACGAUUUUGAAGAAUGGAUUCCCAGCUGGUACUACACACUGGUGGAUGUCACUGUAAAAGAGUAAGAUGGCGAGUCUAUGCACCAUCUAGCAUAGUUGCGUGGGAUUGUAACUGCUCUGACUGCUUCAUGAGACAAAACACACACUUCAUAGUUCCCUCGGAGAGAUUUGAACUUCUCGGAGGCUCCAAAGAGUUCACCACAACCUAUACAUUCGGGACUCACACAGCUAAACAUACCUUCUGCAAAGUUUGUGGCAUAACUUCAUUUUACAUUCCACGAUCGAAUCCAGAUGGAAUUGCUGUUACAUUGAGGUGUGUUGAUCAUGGUACGCUAACUCAUGUUGAGAUCAAACGUUUCGAUGGGAAAAAUUGGGAAGGCUCGUACGCGCAAACUGGCAUUGCUUCGUGCUCAAAGGCAACAGAUGAAGAUCCAAAAUGAUAUCAGCUUCAGGUGUGAAAGUAGAAGCAUAAUGUACCACUUGAUAAAGCUUGCUGCUGAAGGAUGAGAUCAUGCACAAAUUUGGAAAAUCCUUCCUGCUUGUUGAUCAAGUUUUCUUGAUUCAGCUUCUCUAUCUAUUUUUCACAAAUUUGUAUUGUUAUAGGUUGAUACCUAUAUGCUCCAACAUAUUCUUCUGCAUUACUGUAUUUUUCCUUUCCA